GACCUUCCUCAGCCACCGUAGGCUACGUCAGAAGUAAAUAGUGUCAGGUAGCUAGCUAGGUACUUAUUAAGACACCAUGGCUUUUACUUUGUACUCUCUUAUUCAGGCAGCGAUCCUGUGUGUCAAUGCUGUGGCUGUAUUGCAUGAAGAACGAUUUCUGAGUAAAAUUGGCUGGGGAGUGGACCAAAGUGUGGGAGGUUUUGGAGAUGAACCAGGCAUCAAAGUGCAGCUAAUGAACCUCAUCCGCUCUGUGAGGACAGUGAUGAGAGUGCCGUUGAUUGCAGUGAAUUCAGUGUGCAUUGUACUGCUGCUUCUGUUUGGAUGAAGAGGAGCGAGUGAAGAUGGGCCAACCAGUCUGCUGUCAGGAGAACAUCUCCAGCACCUCAGGAACCCUUCUGAAGAAACAGAUUGUAUCUCUCUGACACACAGAGUGUCUCCUGUCAGCCUGAAUAUGAAUGUUAUCAUUUGUUAUUUCACAUUAACACACGGGAUACUUGUGAAGGCCUGUUUUAUAGAGCGAAGUCAUUCAGAAUAACUAAAUGAAGAACGGUUAUUUCCCUUUUAUUUUGAAAAGCACAAUAAAAUGCUGAGGAGUUACCACUUCAUAAAUGUUUUUACGCCUUUCUGAGAAAAACAUAACUUUCACAAAUGAGCUGACUGUUUGUGAUUUAUACACUGAAAACAUGUAAAUAAACUCUUGAAUACA